AUGUCGAGCCACAUUGGUGAUGAAAAUAACGAUAGUUAUUCUACCGAGUGUCUUUCUACACUUAUACCUAUUGGCAGUCGUCUAGAUUCUGGCUAUUUAACAUGUUCAUCUCCAUGUACAACAUCACCUUGUCGUUUGUCGCCAUCAAGCGUUAUUCUGCAUCAACUUGAUUCUCCGAUAUCUGAGCAUGAUGUUCAAUCACCGAUAAAUGCCGCCAAACAAAAAUUUGUUUCUUCACUUGAUUAUGAACUUUAUCGAACAACAAGAAAACAUUUCGAUAUUUUAACGCAAAUCUAUCAUCGUAAUGCUCAUCAUCUGAUUGACCAUAUUCUUUGCAAUCUAUCAAAUAAGGAUCUCUAUCAUUGUGCCAAUGUUUGCCGUAAAUGGCACACCAUUUUAAAAGGUUAUUCUCGACGCAGGAAAAUAAGCAAUGCAAAACGAAAUCUAUUUCAUAUUGAUAACAAAACUCCGAUGAGAAAGAGUAAAGUAACAAAUAAGCCGAUGCAAACAAUAACAAAUUUACUCGAUACGAAACCGAAUGUGUCAUUCAUUAUUGCAACAACAACCAAUGAUGAAAACAUUCUUCCGCCGACACCAUGCCAACAAGUAUUGACCCCAUCACCUGAUGAUACUGUUGGUCUGACAGCAAGUAAAAUGACAUUUCGAUAUGGAUAUCUGAAAUAUCUGCAUGGACCAACAGUUCCGAAACAUUGUCCAAUUUGUGCAUAUGUUUCCAUUGUCGAUGUCAACGAUCAACACGGUAUUUGCACAAAUCCAUUUUGUCGAAAUAGUUUUUGUCACUGUUGUUCGGGUCCGUACCAUCCAUCAAGCCCAUGUAAGACAACAACAGGUCCAAUCAAAUCUCCUUGGCGUCAACGUUCUACGAUCUCUCCAAUAUUCUCUAACAAAACACGAAGUAAUCUUCGACGCUUAUUGAUUAAAUAA